UUGGUCUUGAGAAUGGAUGUUUGAUAUAUACUCCAUGUUCGUAUCACAGUUUGUCAACAUGGUUUUUGGAACCAUAGGUUUGAUAUCUUGGUAUGAAGGCAUAAAGGAGGACUGCACAGGUGAAAAUCUUGGAUACUUAUUCAUGAAUUUUCAAAUAACUGGCUGGGAAGGAUUAGACUACUUGUGAAUGAUUAUUGUUCUAUUUGGCUAUUUAGAAGAUGAAUACGUACGUUGGAGGUUUCUCCAAUGUUUUACCGUUUGUCUAUUUUGCAUUAUUGGCUCUGUUUGGGGUACAAUAGACAUGAUAGUUCACCCUGACCAAUGAAACCCUGGAUUGAUGAUCCUAAUGUGGCUUAUCAUGACUAUUGAGGCCAUUCACACCUUUGUAUCCAAAAUUAGAAAUAUCAGGAAGUUCCAAAAAUAUGCAGAAGGAGAUGAUGUUGUAGAUAGAGUUGACCCAGAAAGUAUCCAAGAUUAAGACAGAUCUAAAUA